AUGGCUGACAAACCAAAUAUGGCUGAAAUUGAGACAUUUGAUAAGUCUAAGUCGGAGAAGACAGAAAUGCAAGAUAAAAACCCACUGCCUUCAAAAGAAACAAUUGAACAGGAGAAGCAAGCGGGUGAAUCGUAAUGAAAUCAGCCCUUCCAAAUGAUGUACUGUACAUUCCACAAGCAUUGCCUUCUUAUUUUACUUCUUUUAGCUGUUUU